GGUGAAUACUGGCAGAGGAUCUCACAUGUGAGUGAAGUGACUCGUAUGUCCACCGUACUUCCUUGGAUUUCAUCUAGUGUUUACAAAUAAACAAGUAAGCGCUAGUGAAAAAUAUUACAAUGCCCAUAAAGUAUAUAGGCAGGACAACCGAUUUUAGGGGGAAACCCCUGUGGGAAAUAUUAGGCAACCUGAAAAAUUUUGGCGUGGGCAGAAUUGUGGUGAGAAGUAUGUUCGAAAGAUACGACGAACCAUGUUACUUUGUCAUACGGAAAGUUGAAGCGAUGCCGAAUGAGGAAACUCGCAAGGUUUGCGUCUGGGCGGAAAAGAUAUUCAGGGGCAGGAAGUAUCCCUACUUGGUGAAAAUAAGUAGCGUCACAUACAAAGCGGACUACAGGCUUAUCCAUAAACACGAGGAAUAUGCAUAUACCCAUGCCCAGAAUGCAGAAUCCAGUGAGAAACCGGCGAGACUGCUCCCAAGAACAGCUCCUUUUCCACCUCUACUAAAAGAGCUGAUAAUCCGUGAUUGCCUAGCCAGGGGCGAAAAAGUGACAGAGGAACCGAGGAUGCCACUUGUAUGUAACCAAGGUGUUGAUAACGUCUCAGUAGUUGCAAAAGAAAGUGAAAAGCCAACUGUCUCUAUAGAUAGACUCUUUGGUGCUACUAAGAGCCAAACAUUAUAUAGUAAUAUUGAAAAGUGAUAUGUUGGGGCAGUGUAUAAUUUUAUGUUGUUACACUGUAUAAUUUUUUGUUGUUACACUGUAAGUAUUGUAUUUUAUUAAUAAAAAGAAUUGGUUAUGUAUGUUA